GCGUCCACUGCGCAUGUCAGUAAUUCCGUCUGUGUUUUCAGUUUAUGUAUGUGUGUCUGCGUGUGUGUUCUUUCCCACACGAGUUUACUGCAAUUCCGAAUUCUCACCAACACCGCCAGAAUGGCAGCUGCACCCCCGAACACAGACGACUCUAGUCGGGGUAGUAGCGGUAGCAGCACGCCCAGCGUCCUUGUCGGGGACGGGGACACGGAAGAGGCCGAGGACUUCACCUCCUCCUCCCACUGCACAGAGCUGUCUCGGCGGCAGAACGAACAGAGGAAGCAGGGAUUGUUCUGCGACGUGACGCUGGCCUUCAGCAGUGGGGCGGCAACCGGGAAUGUUCAGAGCUGUGAGUUUUCCGCUCACCGUUCUGUACUGGCCGCGGCUACGGACUAUUUCACGCCGUUGCUGGGAGGGCAGUUCUCCGAGUCGCUGUCGGGUCGGGUUGAGAUGAAGGAAUGGAGCGCUGAAUUGGGACCAGACCCGGAGACGGUGGAGAGUGUCAUUCAGUACAUGUACACGGGAGAAAUACGUGUUAGCACCUGCAAUGUGCAUGAAGUGUUAGAGCUUGCUGACAGGUUCCUGCUGCUGCACCUGAAGGAGUUCUGUGGGGAGUUCUUGAAGAAGAAGCUGAGCCUGGCCAACUGUGUGGCGGUGCACAGUCUGGCCCACAUGUACACCCUGGACCAGCUGGCUCUGCGGGCCGCAGACAUGAUCCGACGCAAUUUCCACAAGGUCAUCCAGGACGAGGAGUUCUACACCCUGCCCUUCCACCUGGUGAGGGACUGGCUGUCUGACGCAGAGAUCACCGUGGACGCGGAAGAGGUGCUGUUUGAGGCUGUGGUGAAGUGGGUCCAGAGGAACACAGAACAGCGGGGGAGGUACUUUGAGGAGUUGUUCCGUCUCCUCCGGCUACCCCAGAUUAAGCCCACCUAUCUGACGCGCGUGGUGAAGAACGAGGCACUGGUGGCGGCCAACGAGGCCUGUCUCCGCCUGGUGUCCGAUGCCGUGGAGGGCCACGCCAUCCGCUGUGAGAACCUCAAGUCAGCUGACCUGGAGUUCUGGUCAUCCUACAUGGCCUCCUUCCAGCCGCGCUUCGGCCAGAACAUGGACGUGAUCAUGGUGGUGGGCGGGGUGUCGGAGGGGGGUGACUACCUGAGUGAAUGUGUGGGUUACUUCAUCUACGAGGACCGCUGGGUUAACCUGCCCCACAUCCACAACCACCUGGAUGGCCACGCCAUCGCUACCACAGAGUCCCACAUCUACGUAGCGGGAUCCAUGGAACCAGGCUUCGCCAAGACCGUGGAGCGCUAUAACCCCAACCGCAACACCUGGGAACAGGUGAGCAACCUGACCACACGUAAACACUCCUUUGGUCUCACCUGUAUCAAGGACAUCCUGUAUAGCAUCGGUGGCCACGGCAACUUCAGCCCCGGCUUCAAGGACGUGAGCGUGUACGAGCCUGAGCUGGACAAGUGGCACAACCUGGAGUCAGCGCCCAAGAUCCUGCGGGACGUGAAGGCGGUGAGCGUGGAGGACCGCUACGUAUACGUGACGGCGCGCACGCCGGUGGACACAGACAACGAGGACGGGCUGAAGACGGUCACCACACGUUACGACACAGAGAGCCGCCAGUGGCAGGACGUGGACUCCCUGCCGCUCAUAGACAACUACUGUGUGUUCCAGAUGGCCGUGGCCCCCACCAACUUCUACCAUACGGCCUCCUGCUGCCCUAAGAGCUACACGGUGCGGGACGAGGCCGCCAAGCAGAAGAUCAGCGCCCACAUCUCAGACGAGAUCCUGGAGAGCUUGCCGCCCGAGGUCACCAGCAUCGAGGGCGCCGCCAUCUGCCACUUCGACGAGGACGUGUUUGUGAUCGGCGGCUGGAAGAACAGCGAUGACGUGGACAAGCAGUACCGCAAAGAGGCCUACCGCUACUCUGCCGAAAGGAAGCGCUGGAUGCUGCUGCCGCCCAUGCCCCAGCCCCGCUGCCGCGCCACCGCCUGUCACGUACGCAUCCCCUACCGCUUCCUGUACGGCUGCCAGCGCUACCCCAUGCCCCAGAACCUGGCCCGCCAGCGGGACCGUAUGCAGCAGAUGCAGCAGCUACACCGGCGCACCCUCACCCUGCGCAGGCAGCUGCAGUCUCAGAUCGAGUGCUGAGCUGUCGCAACCCCUGUCUGUCCAUCACACCCACCCCAGUGGGGGAGCAGCCCAGUCCCGCUCCAAGCCCCAAACAUCCCCUGGCAGCCAUCAUCAACCCCCACCCAUAACCUGCUGGAGCAGCGGCUCCUAUGUUGCUCUCAUGUUGGUUCAUUUUCAAGAGAACUCAUCAGGUUGAGAUAUUGGUGUUAGUAGUGACUGUGGUGUUCAAGGCUGGGAGAUGUGGGAGUGAUGUGACUCUGUGCUGGCCAGGUGUUUGUCUAUGUGGGGAGGACAGACUGAAUGUUACAAAUGUGAAUAGAGUGUUGUACAGUGACCAACAUCGGACUACACUACGUAUGUACGUCAGGCACAGGUGAUGUUUAUCUUUUUAUACAUGCAUAUAGUAUAUAGUUGUAUAUGUAUACUUUUAUUAUAUAUAAAUAUUUUGUGUCUCCCUUUUAUGCUUAUAUGAUGUAGGCAAUGUGACACUUAAGUACGGCAGAAUCUACAUUCCUCCAAUCCAAUGUGCUUAGUGAAGUCAGUCGUUCUCUAUGACAUUCCACACUGACAGUCUCUCCAUGCAAAUAUCACACACACUUACAUACACACACUCUGUGCAGCUGUAGGGUCGGGACAAUACCAGUAUCGCGAUGCUCGUUGGUGUUGUGGCAAGUGAACGAAACACGAAGCAGAUUUAACGUCUUUAGGAAAACAAACAUUUAAUGUUUUCAUCCAGAGACAUUUAUUUUUCCACAAAUAUUUUUACAUUUUCAGUCUUAACAUGGUAACAUUCCAUCAACCAUUGCGUUGAAUUAUUCUUCAGUCUUCUGCUCGUCACAUUCCUGUUGGUAGGAAACAUUGUGUGGAAGGCCCUAGGUGGCAGUUUGUGAGUGAAUGUUUCUCUUUUUAUUUUUGUCUGCAUUGGUUUUAUUGAGUUUAACGGCUGGAGGGUGUAGUUCUGUUGGAGGACUUGAUAAUGUGUGUGUCUUGAGUACGGUAAGAAUGCUUGGCAAAGCUGGUGAAAAGCAUGCCUAGUAGUGCACUUCUACCCUUAAUCAGUUAGUAAUAUUUAUGUCCGAGUGGGUUUACCUGUUAUAUUUGGCCAAUUUUUAUUUUUGUAUUUAUCAUUUAAUCCAACUCCAGCCGAUAAUCUAUUCUGUUCCCAUGUGAGAAAAUAUGUACACUACAGUGAUUUGCUUAGUAAUCCAAAAUGAAUGUGAUGUGAAGUGUGAGGCAGCCCUGUUGCUGUACCUCAGGGCUUAUUCGGGGGUUCAUCUGAGAGAUCCGGCCACAUUGUUGCAUGUUCUCUUCACCCUCCAAAGACAGUUGGGGGGGGGGGGGGUACUCCAGGCAGAGCAAAAUUCAGUUGGUGGUACGGUAACCAAAAAAGGUUGUGAACCACUGGUAUAGACUAGACGGUAUCCUUAUGUUACUGAGCGGAAUGAUCAUAUCAAGGUGAAUGUGUUGAGUUCAAGAGUUCAUUAAUUGUUAUAAGCACUAUCCCUGAAGCUCAUUUAUAACAUAGAGCACUAUGAUUUUGAGAAUGCAAUGCAAGUGUAUUUCCUCAGAUUUGUUUCUCUUGCAUAGCAUUUGAAAUAAUUGUAUUGACAUAUGUUGGCAAUAUAUAUUUUGCUUUGCAUGUGGCAGUCGGGCAUUGUGUCAAUAUAUUGGAUGUAAAAAAAAGAAAAUGCUGAUGUCAUCACUUGCAAUUAAAAUGUCCAUUUUUUUAUACGA